AUGGAACGCUUUUCUCGGCGCCUUGGGAUUCCAGUGGUAAUGACCGAUGAACUACAAACGAAAUUGGUCAAAACGUCCAAAGGGGGAACAAGUGUAGCUCCAAAUAUGGCCUCGAAAUAUGACCCGUCUGGGUAUUUAUGUUUUCUACAGAGGCUCCCUAAUGUCAUCGGUAAAGUAAAAGUGAAGAGGGUGGGCAUUGCUCCCCUUUCCCGUUGCACCAAAGAGAAGAAAGAGAGCUACGGAUUCAGAAAGGGCUAUGAAAAUCUCCGCACGAGUAAGAUGUUGCUCCGUGUUCAGCAGGAUAUGUGUUUUUCUUUUUUGCUCUCUCCGUGUGUCUGUCUAUAUCUCACUCUCCCUCGUCUUGAGCUACUACAUCUAACGUGGGUCAACCCAAAACUCUCAUCGAGGCAAGGCCGCCUGAGGAGGGUCGUUGGCUUAGUCCGAUGGAUGAAAAAGAGGCUUUUUUUUCGGAGUCAAGCCAAUGAUGGGGUCAUUUUUGGAGAGCGGAGUAAGGCAAACUGGCAUGCCCUCACAUGCAAGCGGUUCUUGAGAUGGGCAGGACGGCGUUUCGUAUUUUAUAACUGCAGCUGCCGUGCAACUUCGUGA